AUGAGCAUUAGUAGUAUUGGUGAUUUACUUCCAGACAAUGUGAAUUCUCUGAUUCUAGGAGAACAUGAACGUCGAGGUUCAGACAGUGAUAUAACUUUUCCACUCAGACAUCCGCUUAGACCAAGUUUUAAACAAAAAUUUCGAGCACCUUUGUUGGAACUUAAUCGUUACAAAUAUAUUGUCAAUGUAUCAAUUCUGGAAAAUAAAGGUGCAGGUGUUAGAAUGCAAGUUAAUUGUUUAUGGGAUUCAGAUACUGAUAAUCUUGCACAAGAAACAUUUAAAAAUAAGUAUCUGAUUGAUUAUAUUAACAUAAACGCGGAAAAAUUAAGACAUAAAUUUGUCAAGAAUAAAGGUCAAGAAUAUUUGGAGAUUGAAGCGAGGGAUAUUUUGAAUUUUAAACAGCAAGCUGGUAUAUUAGAAGGAGAGUGGGAUGAAGUGGUUAGUCGAAACUUGAAAGAAACAGAAAUUAAAAAUUUUGUUGGAAUGGCUAUUUCGAAAUUAGUUGACACUUAUAAAGAUAAUUGUGAUCCAAAUUCUAAUGAUUAUAGACGUGUAUCAGGAUGGAUUACUGCAACAAAUGAAAAACGGAAAGUUCAAGGUGAUCAUAUUGAACUGUAUGAUUUUCCCGACGAUAGAGUUAAAAUUGAUGUGCGGAACACUCGUUCUGAGCGAUUUUGGGGCUUGGCAUUCCGAGUUUGGGUGACAGGUAUAGUUAUAACUGGUUACAGGUUUGCACAAAGUCUAGAAGCUUUCAGUGAAUUUAAGUGUUUCUUUUUUUUUAGAGAAGAAGCAAACCUGCCCAUUGGCAAAACUAGAGACAAACCUGCUUUAAAUUGGUGCUUAGAUAAAAAGGGUUGGAGUACUCAGAAAUAG